CAAGUUCAACGCUAUUCUAAAAUUAUUCAUGAAAAUCCACGAUAACCCAAUUUUUUUCAUUUCAACCGUGCUAUGCUCGUGGCUACUAACAGCCACCAUUCCACAUCACGAGCGACCCUUUUGAGUGCCAACCAUCACUCUACCACAUAUGCGCAUGUUGCAGGUUACAGCUGGAGCCCCUCCAAAUUCCCUCAUGUCCGCCACCGCAACCGCCACAGCAACAUCGUCCGCUCCACAAGAGCAGCCGAUUCUAAUCCCUUCCCUCCCAAAUGAUAUCGCUUUAAAUAUCCUAGCUCGGCUACCUCGGUCUCACCACCCUCUCCUUUCCUUGGUCUCCAAGCCUUUCCGCUCUGUCUUCUCCUCCCCUCUCUUCUAUACCACCCGCUCUCUCCUUCGCUGCUCCCAACCUUUUCUCUAUCUCUCUAUCCGCAUAUCCACCACAAGCUCCCUGCAUUGGUUCACACUUUAUCACAACUCUCCGAAUCCCACAAAACCUCCAUAUUUCCUAGUCCCAGUCCCACCUACCCCCUCUCCUUUACUUGGCUCUGCUCUGGUUGCUGUUGGCCCCAAGAUCUACGUCAUCGGCGGCUGCCUCAAGGAUGUCCCCUCCUCCCACGUAUGGGCUCUGGACUGCCGCUUCCACACCUGGGAAUCCGUUCCCAACAUGAGAAUUUCCCGCGAAUUCGCCGCCGCCGGGGUGGUGGAUGACAAAAUCUACGUCAUCGGCGGCUGCGUCGUGGAUACUUGGGCCCGGUCGAAGAAUUGGGCGGAGGCUUAUGACCCAAAGACUAGAACUUGGGAAUCAGUGGAUAGCGCGCACGAUAAUUUAUUGCGAGAGAAAUGGAUGCACGCGAGUGCUGUGAUAGAUAACAGAAUCUACGCAAUGGCGGACAGGAAUGGGGUGGUUUACGAGCCCCGAACUAAGAAAUGGGACAGUGUAGGGAGUGAAUUGGAUUUAGGAUGGAGAGGGAGGGCGUGUGUGGUGGAUGAGGUUUUGUAUUGUUACGAUUUCUUGGGAAAGAUUAGGGGUUUCGACGUGGGAAAGGGUUUUUGGAAGGAGUUGAGAGGGGUGGAUAAGGAGUUGCCAAGGUUCUUGGCCGGGGCAACAAUGGCAAAUGUUGGAGGGAAGUUGGUGGUGGUUUGGGAGAAGAAAGGGAGUGGAAUUGGGAAUGAAAAUGGAAAUGGGGAUGGGAAGGGAAAGGGAAAGGGAAAGGAAAUGGAGAUAUGGUGCGCUGAAAUUGAGGUGGAGAAGAAGGGAGAUGAGGAACUGUGGGGCAAGAUCAAAUGGUGUGAUGUUGUUCACAAGGUUCCAAUUAGGUCCACCAUUGUUCAUUGCUUGGCGGUUACGUUGCUAAACUUGCCUUGAGAUGACAUGGGGGAGUCUCAACAACGGAGCCAUGAAGAAGUUUAAGCCUGAUCUCCAUGAUUAUGGUCUCAAGCUGGUAUGUAAUCAGGAGACUACCAUGGGCAUGUGAAGGAUCUAAAAAUAUUCAGGGCAGUUGACUUGGAAUCACUUUAAUACCAAAGAGGAGUUGCUAGAGUAAUGCUUUUUUUCGUGUGUGUGGCCCAUGUAAUUAGUAUUUCUGUUGUCAUUUCUUGUAUAUAUUGGUUUGUAAGUGUUCAAGGCAAAAAGCUCUUGGCAGUUUUAUAAAGAAUUCUUUGGUGAAAGAUUGGGUUCAUAGGAAUAAGCUUUUGUUGCAUGUUAA